AUGUCGGACCACCAAAACCCGGAUCAGCCCCUUCAGGAGCUGGCAACCGCCGCUCAGCUCGACGAAGAGCUUGAACAGCAGCAGCAAAAGGAGCUCGAGCAGCGUCAGCAGCUACUUCAACAGCAGCAACAAGCCGAACUCGAAGCUCGUCGCCAAGCCGAAGCACUCGUACAAGACACAUCCAACCACGCCUCUUCCUCGGCUGCACCCCAGUCUGCUCAGUCAAUAAACCUGCCCGUCUCGGGCGCCACAUCCGAGCAGCUCGCAGCCAGCUCUCUCGGCGACGUUGAUGCAGUGAUUGCCGCCGCCGUCAACGCUUCCAAGCAGCAUGCCGAGCAGGAGCGACUUCAGGAAGAGCAGCAGCAGCGCGCCGCGCAAGCUGGCAGUGCCAUGGACCUUGACCCUGCCGUUCAGCCACAGUCCGACAUCGAUCCUUCCGCUGCAGUGGCCGGCGUCCCCAGGGCUUCCGGUCAAAACGCCGACGACUCCAUGCAGCACGGCGAAGACCCGGAUGCUUCCAUGAUGACCGACGGUGGAUCGCCCAUCAAGCACGAUGGCGACGCUUCCGUCAACCUCACCGGCACACCCAAACCCAAGAAGGAACGCGCCAAACCCAAACCUCGCUCCAAGUCGGCUACCAAGAUCACGCGUUUCCGAAAGAUCACGAGCUGUCUCCAGUGCCGAGAGAAGAAGCAAAAGUGCGACCGCGUCAAGCCCAUCUGCGGCAACUGUCGCGAGAACCCCACCGACGACCCCUGCCACUAUGUCGACGACCGCAAGCGUCCUGGAUCGGACGAUGAGGACCACGCAGGCGACGCGUCGAUAAGUUCGCCUGCUGCGCGCAAGCGAAAGGAACCCGAGGACGCCUUCUUGAGCACCGGCAACAGCCGUGUCUUUAAACGCGCCGACUUCCCGCGUGUCGACGACCGCCGUCAGGCGCUUAUGCUGCAAACACGCCGUGAGACCGUCGACAAGCUCGAAGAGGUGGGCAAGGAUCGUUCGCGCGAUUUCAACACUCGCGUCAAUGCUGCCCGCGCCGCUGCCAUCGCCGAUGUGCUCUUCGAAAGCGCCAUCACUCUGCCUACAGCAGACGAGAUUUCGGCUCUGCUCUAUACCUACAAGACCCAAGUCGAGCCUUUUGUCAAUGUCGUGGUCAUCGAUAUCAACAUCGCGCGCAUUCAGAGCUUCCUUCGAUGGUGGCACUCCAAGCCCACCACCAUGCCCGCCGACCCUCCACUCGUCCCGCUGCUGCUCGUCAUCCUUGCUCUCACCCUCCAAGUCAAGAGAAACUCGCCCGAGUUCGAAGGACACAACCUCACCAAUUUUGCUCCUAUCCCCGGCAUCGAGUGCUCCGAUGAACGCAAGUUGCUCAGCGUCGCCGGCCACUGCAUCGAUGCGCUUCAGAUCGCCUGCCCCUCGGCCUGGUCGAGCGCCUUCCAGGCUCCCAUCGAUUUGACCAAGGCAUCCCUGCUGCGCGGCAUCUGGCAUCUCAACGAGCUCAACCUUCAAUUCGCAGGCACAUGCUUCGCGCUCACAACGCGCCUCGCUCAUGCCGCCGGGCUGCACCGCGACCCAGAGCAUUGGUCUGGCAUGCGCAUCGAGGAGGCGCAGGCUCGUAGGAACUUGUGGUGGAACAUUGUCUUCUUCGAGGUGGCGCACGCACAUCGCAUCGGUCAACCGCCCUGCCUCACCCACGAGGGCUUCGAUACCCAAUACCCCGACGACUACAAUGCUCUGUAUGCGAUGUACGAACGCGCUGGCCUCGCUGACCCUGACCCGAGCCGCAUCAUUCUACCGCCCGGCGCUACUGCCUUGGUGCCCCGCACACCAAGCCAGACCAACUUCGAGUACCACUGGGCGCGGUUCCGCAUCUACCAUAUCUUCCUUCGUCAGAGCCAGCAGCUCUUCCGCUUUGGCAUCUCUUCGCCGCCCGACCCGAACCUCAACGACGAAUACGCCAAGUGGCGCGAGAACCUACCUGAGAAGCUCAAGCUGCACUUCGAACGACGCUUCAAGGGAUCGGUUCGUCCCAGUGCCGAGCUUCUGGCACAGGUCGCAUCCCAGUCCUUCUCGAACCGUGUCUACGACCCCAAAAUCACCGAGGAAUUGCAAGACUACCAGCAGGGUUACAGCCUCGAGUUUAUGUACCACCAAUGCAUGAUCACUCUGCACAGACCCUACAUUGACGAGCAGGGAGCAUGGAAGCCGCCCGAGUCGGUGCAAAAGUCGCUCGAGGUGUGUCUGCAGUCGGCCGAGGCGCUCAUCAAUACGGUCGAGGAUGUGCUGGCUGUCAUGCCCGCCAACAGCAUGUACAACCAGUGCGCCUACUUUGCCUUCAACGCCGGCCUCAUCCUGGCCAUCCACUGCAAGCUGGACCCGAAUUCGCAAGUGCAUCGCCCUCACAUCCAGAAAGCGCUCGAUCUGCUCGACACGCUCUCGAGCAUGGCAAGGCUCAACAAUGUUGCAGAACAGGCCGGUCGCUACAGCUCGACGCUCAAGCAGAUGCUCAGCGGAAUCGGCGGAGACCUCGCUGCGCUGGCAACCUCCAAGUCGACCUCUGCAAGUACGAGUGCUGCCGAGCGCCAGAACGGUGACAGCAAUGGCGAUGUCGCUGGUGUUGGCGAAGCGACCGACUCGCGUGGAGACGCCAUCCUGGCAGCAUUGGAUCCUUCGCUUGGCGGAGACGCGGCCAGGGAUGGAGGUGAUUCCAGUUCGCGCAUCGAUGUCGACGGCGGGCCGGAUCGCAUCCCUGCCUUCCUGCUUCCCUUCGUAGGCCUGCCGACGGACCCGAACAACCUCGGUCCCCAAGCCGGCAACUCCUUCUGGAAUGAGUCCUUGCUAGACCGUCCGCUGGUCGGCGUUCCCGUUGCCUACCCUGUCGGCUUUGGUCAGGGUGUACUUUCGAAUGCGGAGCAGCAGAACGGGAGUGCAUGGCCACAGCAGGCUGGCGAAGGUGACCUCGCCAACACUGACGCUGGUACGGCAGGCGGCGACCUGCAAGCUCAAAGUCACGAGGGCGGGCUGGCACCCGACACGGCAGCUGGUGAGGGUGCGGCAGACGACGCUUCCGCCGAUGCGUACAACCUGUACGAGCUGCUGGGAGGGCGCGAACUGCAGCCUGGCUUGCCGGAUCGACCCAUGUCGUUCUCUCAGCACUACAACCACCAGAACCCCGCACGAGGCGACCAAGCUCCCUCUGCCUCCUAUCGCACCUACGUGCAGAACUCGCUGGCUCGCACGUAUGAUCAGCAGCAGCAAGCCAAGGGCGAUGGCGAGGCGGGCGACAAGACUGGAGGUGAGAAUGGGCUCAGCGCCGACCAGCUGCCCAGCGAGAGCGCGCUCAACGCGGUGGCUGCUGCAGCGGCGGCGGCGGCGGAAGCGGAAGGACUGGACCCGAAUGCGCAGGGAAACAAUCUGGCGGCGGAAUGGUAUGCCUGGGAAAACGUUUCUCAGAUGCUCAACAACCGGCAGUGA